AUGGCUAUGGAUCAUGGCAGAGACCCUUGCCCUUGGGUCGUUUUGAACGAUUUCGGUGGUGCUUUCGCCAUGGGGUGUAUCGGAGGUGCCCUCUGGCACGGGGUGAAGGGAUUCCGGAACAGUCCUUAUGGCGAGCGGCGAGUAGGUGCCAUCACAGCUGUCAAGCUGCGGGCCCCCGUCUUGGGCGGCAAUUUCAGUGUGUGGGGAGGUUUAUUUUCUAUUUUCGAUUGCGGACUCAAGGGUUUACGAAAGAAGGAGGACCCGUGGAAUGCGAUCGGAGCAGGCUUCUUCACCGGAGGGUCUCUGGCGAUUCGGGGCGGUUUCAAGGCGGCAAGAAAUGGUGCCAUUGGGUGUGCCAUCCUGCUGGCAGUUAUCGAGGGUGUCGGUAUCGGGUUUUCAAAGAUGAUGGCCGGUGGCACGAAACUAGAAGCGCCCUUGCCACCCGCCUCCCAACCCAACGAAGGGCACGCUCUUGCAUAA